CCCCCCCGUCUCUUCGAACCAUCCUCCUUUAAUGACUUCACCGACUGGUUGACUGUCAAAUAUUUCCAGGUCCCACAUCCGGUCAGCGAGGACACGGCAAUGCUUCAGAUCCCGACAUAGCCAGAAGCUAUUGUAUACGCCCGCACCCCCCAAUAAUGCCCGAUCCUUCUUCGACACCCUCUACGACGGCCUUCACCCCCAUCACGACAACACCGUUCGCCGGCAGCCCAUCAUGACGCCCGCCGCACAAUUCGACGCCGGUGUGGAACCACCCGAAUCGCAAUGCCCCUUCUGCGUGAUCGCGACCGAGUACCCGGCCUACGAUCCUGCGACGCCGCCCCAGGACGACGCGACGCUCGAUCCGAACCGCAUUCCGACGCCCGCCUUUGUCGUACUUUCGACCCCGACCCUCAUCGCUUUCCUCGACAUCCUCCCGCUAUCACGCGGCCACCUCCUUCUCUGCCCUCGCUCGCACCGCCCGAAGCUCACCGAUGCCUCGCCCGAUGAGUCGGCCGAGAUGGGCCGCUACCUGCGCGUGCUGUCCAACGCGCUCGCGCGCACGACAGGCGUUGAGGACUGGAACGUCGUGCAGAACAACGGCGCCGCCGCCGCUCAAGUCGUCAUGCACAUGCACUUCCAUCUCAUUCCGCGCCCUGAGAUCCGUGCGAGCGGCCGCUAUAGCGAGAGCUUCACCAUGUUUGGCCGCGGCCGGAGGGAGGAGCUGGACGAGGAGGACGCCGAGCACUUUGCCAAGGAGCUGCGGGAGAACGUGGCCGAUAUCAUGAGGGAAGAGAAGCACAAGUCCAAACUUUGAAGAAGGGUAACCC